AUGGACAACCAACCCACGCCGUUUCGCACCGCCCUCGUCGCCGGCGCCGUCGCCGGCACCACCGUCGACCUCUCCCUCUUCCCGCUCGACACGCUCAAGACGCGCCUGCAGUCCUCGUCGGGCUUCUUCGCCUCGGGUGGCUUCGCCGGCAUCUACCGGGGCAUCGGCUCCGCGGUGGUCGGGUCCGCCCCCGGCGCCGCCUUCUUCUUCUGCACCUACGAGUCGACCAAGCAAUACCUGGCGUCGCGCCUCCCGCGCACCGCCGGCGGCGAGGCGCUCACGCACAUGGCCGCCGCGAGCCUCGGCGAGGUCGCCGCGUGCGCCGUGCGCGUGCCCACCGAGGUCGUCAAGCAGCGCGCGCAGGCCGGCCAGCACGGGGGCUCGUCGGCGCGGGCCCUGCGCGCCAUCCUCGCCGCGUCGGCGACCGGCGGGCUGCCGGCCGUCUGGCGGGAGCUGUACCGCGGCUGGGGCAUCACCGUCUUCCGCGAGGUGCCGUUCACCGUGAUCCAGUUUCCGCUGUGGGAGGGCAUGAAGCGCUGGCGGUGCGGCGUCACGGGCCGGAAGCAGGUCAGCGCGGCCGAGAGCGCGCUGUUUGGGAGCGCGGCGGGCGCCGUGGCGGCGGCGUCGACGACGCCGCUCGACGUGCUCAAGACGAGGGUCAUGCUGUCACCGGAGAGGGUCUCGGUGGCGACCGUCUUUGGGAGGCUGGCGCGAGAGGAGGGCGUGCGGCCCUUCUUUGCGGGCCUGGCGCCGAGAGUGACGUGGAUAUCGAUAGGCGGUGCCAUUUUCCUGGGGAGCUACCAGUGGGUGGUGAAUACGUUGGGCAUGCCGUCAUGA